AUGGAAACAUUAUCCUUCAGAGAUCCUUGUACAAGAUCCGUGGAAUUUACCAAUGGUGAAUCCAAGUUAAAAAGAAAAGGACUUUACAUGACAAAAUUUACAUUCUUUUUAACCACAUUAAUUUUAAUGUUGAUUUCUGUAAUUGUUGGAUUUACAGUGCAUUAUUUGAGUACUUGCAGAUUGACAGAGAUUCCGAAAUCGCCUUCAGAUACAAACAUAGACUGGAAUGAAUUAAUUUUGCCAAAAAAUAUAAAACCAUCAUACUAUCGUCUUCUAAUCCGGCCAUCAUUCGAUUUAUACGACAAUGUGUACAAAUAUGAAGGAACAAUUUGGAUAACACUAUCAGCCCAAAAUUCAACUAAACAAAUCGAUUUAAAUUCCAAAGAUCUAGCAAUAACAAAAGCCACUAUUGUGGACAACAAAAAGAUUUUAAACAGCGAUAAAUUACAAAUGCCAUUUGAAGAAGAUGAGUAUAACGAAUCCAAAAUGAGUUUGAUUCCAAAACUUGUAAAAUAUUUCCAAUUGGGCGACUUUAUGUAUGAUGAUUUAACGUCAACUCCUGAUUCCACAAUUGUGACUUCAGAAAAUCCAAUGGAGUCUACCAUUAGUUCAAGAUUGACAAUGGGAUCUACAACUUCUGCAAAAAUGACAAGUGAAGAUAUGACGAUGAUGAAUAUUUUGGAACCGAUGGAAAGUUUGAAAUUUGUUAUAAAUGAAACCACGGAAAUUGUAAGUUUUUAUUUAAAAGAAGAAAUGGAGCCUGGUGUGGAAUAUAUGCUGGAGAUUCUAUUUUCUGGUGAAAUAAAAUAUGAACACUCUCAGUUUUACUGGAAGAAUUAUAUGGAUAAUGAAGAAUCCAAGCUAUUGUUAUCAACCAAUUUGCGACCAACAUUAGCCAGGAGUGUUUUUCCAUGUUUUGACGAACCGACGUUUGCAGCACCUUUUGAAAUUGCAAUUCAACGAAAACUUAAUGUGCAAUCUGUUUCAAAUUCUAUUUUAAAACAAUCUAUAAACAAAAACUUUGAUUUAGUAUGGGACUACUACCAACCAACGCCUCCAAUAACGCCUUCAUCAGUAUUUUUCAUGGUCUCCGAAUUAUCCAAACAAGACAUCCAAAUCAAUGACAAUAGAUCUUUUACUGUAUGGUCAAAACAAGAACUUGUCGAAACUGUGGCUUCCAAAAUAGAUUUCUUAAAAUCCAUAUUGGAAACCUACUACAAAAUCUUAGAAAGUGUUGUUCCUGAAUCACUCAAUUUAAAUCUGGUAGUCAUUCCUGGAAAUUAUUAUAAUGGCAAUGCUGCUCAUGGUGUAGUAAUUCUAAAAGAAAUACAACUGUUGGAUUCAAAUCGGGUUUCUACUCAGGAAUAUUUGAAAUCUGCCAAAAUUAUAUCAAGACAAAUAGCACGUAGUUUGCUAAUUAGUAUGGUAAAAAUAAACGAUUUGUCAGACAUCUGGAUUCCUGAAGCAAUAUUUAAAUAUUUAGACCAAAUGGUUAUAUCUACGAUUGAACCGUCGCAAAUGAUGAUGAACGGAUUUUUGGAAAAUGUAGCUCUGAUGGAAAUGGAUUCUAUGAGUUCUGUUUCACCACUUAAAAAUGCUUUUUCUAAUAUUUUUCAAAUACGAAACCAAAAUUAUGACGUGUAUGUGAAUAAAGGAGUGGCACUGCUGAAUAUGUACCAAAACGUAUUUGGAGUCGAAAAUUUUAUGGAAAUACUUCGAAGUUACAUAAACGAAGUAAAUCCAACAGAUACAUCUAACUUCUGGAAAUUUCUGAACAAACAUUUGACUGAAUCGAUAAAAAGUAAUAACCCACAAACGAGUUUUGUGGACGCCUGGAUUACCAGCAACGGAUAUCCAAUAGUAAACGCUACUAUUAAUCUAUCCAGUGGCAGUAUAACAUUAUAUCAGAACAAAUUUUCAGAGAAGUAUCCAACAAAUUUUUCCUGGAAUAUUCCAAUUUCAUUUACUUCAUCUCAUUCUGAUCCAAAAUGGUCUGGAACAGUACAACAUUGGAUGAUGGAUAAAAAUUCUAAAAUAAUGGAUUUGGAAGGGAGUGAAAUCGAAUGGAUAAUAUUAAAUGAUUUGAGAUCAGGUUAUUAUAGAGUCAACUACGAUGAAGAAACAUGGACUCUUAUUUUAGAUAUUUAUAAAACUAAACCAGAAGAUCUUGGUGAAAUAACAAAAGCACAACUUUUGGACGAUGCUUUUAAGUUAGCCUUGAACAACUAUAUAUCAAUAGAUAUUCCUUUGAAUAUGACCAAAAGUUUAGGUACAGAAGAGUCACUAGUUGUUUGGAAAGUGGCUAUGGCAAAUAUUAAAAUUCUUGAAAACAUCAUGAGAUUUUCACCAAAUUAUGGUGACUUUAAGAACUAUAUGCUAUCAAUCCUGAGCCCAAUAUUCAAUAAUAUUGACCCAACACAAUCAAAAUCAGCCUUAGAAGCCUUGAUUUACAGAUGGACAUGCCAUUUUGGAAACAACGAUUGCACAACGUCUUCACAAAAAUUAACUACUGAAUUAAUCGAAAAAGAAUUCUCAAACGAUUUUAUUGUCGUCGAUUUUCAAGAAAGUAUUUUAUGCGCAGCUGUAGAAAAUUCUGAUUCGCUUGUGGAAAAUAUUUUCCAAGCUUUUGGAAAUGUGAAUUCUCAUAAGAAAAUUGUUUUGCUGAAAAGUUUAGCGUGCACAAAGGAGCAAUGGAUUUUAAAUAAACUAUUUGAAAAAAUCAUCACUACAUCCGAAUUUAGUAACGAUGAUAUAUUAGAACUUUUGGAUAAUUUUGAAGAUCCUGAAAUUAGUAAGAAUAUAUUGAGGAUAUUAAAGGAUAACUGGCAAAUGAUCUAUAUAAAAUUCUAUAAACAUGAUACAAUAAUACGCAAUUUCAUAAAAGUGUUGGACAAAUUAAAUCACAUCGACGAUUUCAUAGAAUAUAAAAAAUUCAUCAAAGCAAAUAUAAUCACAAUGAACUCACAACAAACAUUGGCAAUUGUGGAAGAACAAAUAGCUCGUAAUAUAGAAUAUAAAUAUAAAUAUUCUGUUCCAAUUUCAGAAUGGAUAUCGUAUAAUAAAAUAAACUAA